AUGGAGCUCAAGAGCAAGGACAACGCGCACGAGCAUUUGCGCCUAGACUGGCAGGAGCAGAGCGAGGCCAACGAGGAUAAGGUGAUCGAGAGGCUGCAGCGCGGAGGCGAGGAGUGCAUUCUGGUCAUCCGCAGUUGGCAUCAUCAGCAUGGUGACCCAGCCGUGUAUGUGGUGCCGCUGGCGAUCCUGCCGACUGGCAUCGAGGCAGCGCUCGAUCGCCUGCACGGUCGCAUCGCCGUGCCCAUCACGGGCGACGCAGACUACGACAGCUGGUCGAUACUCCAGAAGCGCUCCUACAGGGUGACCGAGGCCGCCAUCGGGAAGAUGCGCGCCACCGGCAUCCGUAUCACCAAGACUCCUCUAGUGAUGCGACGACCACGCGCCUGGAAGGCAGUGCGCAUCAUCGUGCCCAGCGUCACCCUGCCCGAUUACGACGAGGACACCGAGCACUCUUUCGAGGAACUCCAGGCGCACUGUGUGGUGGAAAAGACUUUGAAAAAGGUGGUGUUGGGGAUACAGUAG